AGGAAAGAAAAAUACUUAAAACUAACUAUAACUUCUAAUUUUCAUACAUUCCUGGUAUGAAAAAUUAACUGUUCCUCAGACUAAAUGCCAAUUAAAAAUGUGGGCCUCUUAAAGUAUAAUAAUGAAUAACUUGCUAAAAGUUGUUAUUUGAUUAAUAAAGGUAUAAAAUGAUAGACUUUACUUUAACAAUAUCUUUUCUCAAUUCCAGGUUAAGAAAUGUCAACGUAAAAAAUGGCGCUCAAACUAAAAUACAAGGACGAGCACGGGGUCGUCCAGAUCAACAUGAGCCCCAGCUCCAGCCCCAAGGAGCCAGAUAAGGACCUCACGGACCCCAAGUUCGACAGCAUCAACAACCGCUUCGCGCAGUACGACCUCUUCGGAGCCAAGUAUGACGUGGAGUCAGGGGGGGAGGCGCCGCGCUCGCUGUUCCGCAGCCGCUACAACAGUAUCGAGCAGGAGCUCGCCAACACUCCGUACGCGUUCACCACCGACCGGUCACUCCGGCUCAGCAGCGCGAACAAACUCGACAUCACCAUCCGCGACAACUCCCCGUCCAAAGACAUACAAGACGACAGAUUUUUUAAUCGAAAACUUAGUUUGGAACUCGACGACUCGUUGUUCGGACCGCAAAUCGAUUUUCAAGUGAAGGAUGUGGACGCUGCGCCCGCGUUCACUGUGACUCAGCUGAUCCACGCGCAGGAUCGAUACUUCGAUUUGUCGGGGAGGCAGGAGAGCCCUCGCAGUGGGAAAGUGGAAGUGCAUGUGCCAAGUCCUCGGGAGAGGAGGGAUGACGCGUUCCGGGUGCUGGCGGAUCUGACGUCACAGGAGACGGUGCCUGCCAAGCCCGCGGUGUCCACAUCUAAGAGAAAGAAGGAGACAUCGUUCGCGAUCCUCGCGGAGACGCCGGUGUCGCGCCCGUCCAGCCCGCGGUCACUGCCCGUCGAUAUCAGGACUCGCAGGAUCUCACCCUUUAGAGGUCGCGGUUUCCGCGAAGAGACCUCCCGCCACAACACUCCAAAGACUUCAGCUGCCAACUCCAGAUCGAACUCACCACCAAGGAGAAGAACCAACUCCUUGUCUCGGAUAGACAAGAUGGCGUCGACAGCCACCCUGCCACUACCCAUCAUCCACACACUACCCAGGCCGCACUCACCCAGAAACUUCCUCAAAGAAAAUAUAGAAGAAGUAAGAGAACUCAGUGAGCUGAACAGAGAAAAGCAUGAAGCGGAGGCAGAAGCAAAAAGGAUAGAAGAAGAAGAAGCAAUCCUAAAAGAAAUGGGUCUGCUUGAUAAAAGCAAAUCUGGUUCUAAAAGUUUGGUUACGUCGAGAACGAACUCUAGAAGUAAUUCUCCAAGCAAGAUUAACUUGAGGUCGAGAGAUAACUCUCCUUCAGCGAUAUUACACUAUGAGAACAUUCCCGCUAACAGCAAAGAGUUCGUUAACCCAGACGAUGGGAUCAGACAGCCUGUGACUCACACAUCUCGCAUGAGAUCCAUGUCUAAGUCUCAACCUCAGUCUAACAACGGGUCUCCAAAACAUUCUAAGAUACCCAAAAGACAAAGUUCAGUAUCACCAAACAGAAGCACUUCUAGACGAGACGGAUCCAUGUCUCGGAGACCAGUUGAAAAUAAUCUGAAUAAGAAUCAAAGAUUUAUAUCAAACAGUACGAGUAGUAUUCACGAGACUAUAAGAAUUGGGAGCCAGGUCCAUGACAAGAGAAGUAGCAAAAGCACGCAACAUCUCGAUAUAUCUCCAGCUCAUAUCAAAGGAAAACCUCCAAUAUCUCCCGGAAGAGGAGGCCCACCACCAUCGAACAAAGCUAUCAACGCUAAACGAUUAUCCCCUAUAGUUGGUACUCCAAACAAAAGUCCUACGGAUGAUUUGAAACCAGGUUCGGCUAGAACAACUUCAAAACCCACUGCAGUACCAAGGAAAAAUGUAAAAACUGCCGGUAACACACCUGCUACAUCUAGAUUGACUUCUAGACAGCCUAGCAGGUCCGUUAGCAGAGACCCAAGCCCAGAGAAACGUAAAACAAAACCAGUUACAAAACCGGUGAGUAAACCUCCAAGUAAACCAGUAACUAGAGCAGCCAGUACGAAGACUACACAGAAACCAACUGUUAAUAGUAAACCUGAAACUAAAAAACCUAUGAGUCGUACGAACAGUAUGAAGAGUCUCACGAGAACACCAAGCACUAAGAACUUAAACGAGAAGCCACCUCUUAAAAAGACAAACAGCAAAAAAGACUUGUCAGAAAAAGCACAAUCAACAAGUAAGAUAAACGAAGUCGGUGCCAGAAAAGAUUCAGUAAAAGAGACCAAAAGAGCGCCAACAGGAAAAAAGGAAUCAAAACUUAAGGACAAAACAACAAACACGAAGAGUACUGAUUCUCUCAAUGACGCAGACAAUAUAACGAAACAAGAUAGCGAAACACAAUACGAUAAGAAAACGAACGAAAAUAGUGAACUUGUAAUAUUAACUAGGAAAAACAUUGUAUCGAUGACGACAGCCGCCAUCACAUCACAGCCCUUAAACGUUGUAGCUACAGUCACUAACCAACUACCGGCUGCUUUCGAGAAAGCUAGAGAAAAAGGAAUAUUCGAAAGAUUGAGUUCCAAGGAGUCUCUUGUUGGCAAAGAAGAAGCUACGACUAAUGAGAAAGAGAAAGAAAAAGAAAAGGAGACGACAAGCAAACCACACAAAAAGCCAGAACACAAAGAAGCUGCAGAAGAAAAGGAAAAAGCUGAAGAGAAAAGACCACCCAGACAUCCCAAAAGCAGUCACGAGAAACCAAUAUUUACCGAAGAACAAAUAAAACUCAGGCUGCUACAACCGCCUUACAACAACCCUCAAGUAGAACGUGCAAAACAGAAAAUAGAAGCCAUAUUAAAAGAGCCUGAGGUCUCAACAGAAAACAUAUUAACAGCAUCAGCAAAGUCUCGAGAGCUCAAAAACACAGUUAAAGAGGCAGCUGAUAAAGCGAAAACUGAUGUCAAAGACGCAAAAGACCAAGUAGACAGUAAAAUGACAGAAGUAAAAGAUCAAACUGUCAAACAAACCGAGAAACUGACAGACGAAAUACGUUCAGAGGUAACUAAAAUCGUAGACAGUAUCAUAACUCCAGUCGAAGAACCAAAAGAAGUCGCAGAAAAAGCCAAAGAUGUUCCUAAGAAGGCAGCAGAAGUAAAAAAAGAUAUAAUCGAGCCGAUAGUUACUGUUGUUAACGAGAAAAAGAAGAAUGGAGGUACAGAGAUAUCUGAAAAGGUAAAUGAGACUCUUGUUAAGGGAGAAGGAGAAGUAGAGGUGCAGAGUUCCAAUGUAUCUUCUCCGGGAGUUCAGAAGAUGGCGGUCGAAAAGAAAAUGGCUGAUGGCAAUGGGUCAGAUAAAUCAACUCACAGCAAUGGCGGAUUACCUCAAAGCACGAGCACAACACCAAAACCACCAGUGCGGACCAAGAAAGAAGCCAAAGAGAAGACUCCAGCAUCUGAGGAGCGAGAAACAUCACCACCUCAAGAACCAAACCAGGAGUCCUCAGAAGACAAAACAAAGCCACCCAACUUCUGCCAACGACUCAUCAACAAAUGCAAGAACAAAUGUUGCACGUGUUGUACGAAAGGGGAAGAGUCUGAAGAAGACGGUGAUGGUGAUAAAGGUGAUGUGAAAGAUGAUGGUGAUAAAAAGAAAAGUGUUAUGAGCAAACUGAACUGCUGUAAGAAGGUAGACGAAGAAAAGGCUGAGCAAGAGAUUAGGGAUAUGGAAGCGGCUGCUGGGAAAGCCUCAAUAGAAUACGAAAACGAAACGAAACAGAAGAGGAAAUGGCGCGACGUGUUCUGCGGCUGCUGCGGCAGACGGCGCAAGGUCGGUGACACCGCCUCGCUGCCCAGCAACGUGGCGGAGUCCAUGUCACCGGCUGUAGAGGAGACAGGGUGCUGCGGGAGGAAGAAGAGGGUUAUCGAGAGGAGGGAUAGUAUAUUGAGUGAUCGGCCGCCGACUAGUUGCUGCAACAACCGCCUGUGCACAUGGAUGCGCGGCAUGUGCCGGCGGCGCUCGGAGCCGGCUUCCAGCCGCCGCACCAGCAUGUUCUCCAAGAACAAGAGCAUGUCUCCUACUCUACCGCCUGAGGACACGCGUAAGAAACUGGACACGUCUCUGGUUGAGCACACGAGCGUGAUGCGUGGCGCCAUCCCAGUACUGCCGAUAGUGCUGGCGUACUUCUGUCUGCUGUGCAACAUUGUGGUGCCGGGACUGGGAAGCAUACUGAGUGGCAUGUUCUGUCUGUGCUUCGGUAUUCCUAGGUUUGGUGUCCACGACGGAGCAAGACAUAGGAUAGGGUCGUUUGUGAUCAACUUGCUGGUGGGUGCCGGGCAGCUGUUCACGGUUCUGUUUUGUCUCGUCGGUUGGGGCUGGUCCAUCUGGUGGGGCGUCAUCAUGGUCAAGACUUCUCGCAAAUACCGCAAGCUAAAAAAAGAAGAGGCGGCGGCGGAGGCCGAGGCCGCCCCGCCCGUCACCUCCAACAACCACACGCGCGCGUAACACACCACGUGAUGUUACAUAAGUUGCAGGUUCAUUUCCAGAAUGUUCUAUAUGAUAAGAUUGGUUUUAUCAGUAUGGGGUACUGAAGGAAGAAAAUCGGAAAAAUAUAUACCUAUAUUUACAAACUUUCCCCUGAAAGGUGAUAUCCUCCAAUGCAGUAGAUUUUAAACUCUGGAGUAUCGGAGUUCAAAACCUGUUUCUCGAAUUCGAAAUAUGCGAAAGAACAUAAUAAUAUGUAAUAAGUAAAUGUAUUUAGAUAGAUUUCUAAGGCAAGGCAAGGCAAGCCUAAAUACUAAGGCACAAACAGAAAUAGUUAAGCAUAAGUUCUGAUAAAGCGAAUCUUAAUCAAUUCUAAGAGUUAGGUGCUCUAUCUUUCAAUAUAAUGUAAAUAAAUGACGUCACAAACUUGUAAAGAAAACCUUUUUCAUAAUACUGAAAUAUUUAUAUACUAGGGUGUCAGUACUGCCAACACGACGCAUUGAAUUCUUAUUCUAAAACACUGUAAAUAUUAAGCUAAUUAAAAAACUAAUUUCCAAAAUAAAUUAGAAUUUAUCUUUAAAAUUUUGAAAUACGUAGUAAA